AUGGCUGGCCUAUUCGGUGCAGGCUCCACGAGCUCCGCCUCGAACCCUACUCAGGGCGAUACGUCCAAGGACCUCCCGAUCAACUCUCCGCCUAGUGAUUCAAUCAGCGAAAUCGCCUUCUCGCCGACCCAGGAUAUUCUUGCCGCCUCAUCCUGGGACGGCUCCGUCUACGUCUGGCAGAUUGACAACAAUGGCCAGAGCAAUCCCGCAACUUCGUUCAAGUUCGACGCGCCUGCGCUGUGUUGCGCCUGGGCUAUGGACGGAUCCAGUAUCAUUGGUGCUGGCGCUGAUAAGACUGCUAAGAGGGUCGAUCUCGGCGCGAACCCUACACCCGUUGUGAUCGCGCAGCAUGACCAGCCGAUUCGCAGCAUCAAAGCAACCAACAUCUCCAACCACAACGUGCUCGUUACUGGCUCAUGGGACAAGUCGAUCAAAUACUGGGACAUCCGCGCGAGCAACGUGCAGCCUGUCAUCAGCGUCAGUGCCCAGGAGCGCGUUUAUACCAUGGAUGUCAAGGACAAGCUGCUGGUCGUCGGCACUGCCGAUCGGUACAUCGACAUCAUCAACAUCGACAACCCCAAUACCUUCUAUAAGACCAUGCAAAGCCCACUCAAGUGGCAGACGAGGGUCGUCAGCUGCUUCUCCGACGCGACCGGCUUUGCGGUGGGCAGUAUUGAGGGCAGGUGUGCCAUUCAGUAUGUCGAGGAGAAGGAUGCUUCCUCAAAUUUCUCUUUCAAGUGCCACCGCGUUACCGAUGAUACGUCGCGCGAUAUCGCCAAGGUCUUCUCGGUCAAUGCCAUCUCCUUUCACCCGCAGCAUGGAACCUUCAGCACAGCUGGCAGUGACGGCACCUUCCACUUCUGGGAUAAGGAUGCCAAACACCGUCUCAAGGGCUACCCUGGGGUCGGUGGCCCCAUUACCUCGACUGCUUUCAACGCGAGCGGCAGCAUCUUCGCCUAUGCGGUUUCAUACGACUGGAGCAAGGGCUAUGCGCACAACAACCAGAGCAUUCCGACCAAGAUCAUGCUGCACCCCGUCCAGGCUGAAGAGUGCAAGCCGCGUCCCGGCAGCAAGAAGCGGUAG